AUGUUGAUUCGAGUGGACCCUAGGGCAAUUUGGCUACUGGCUCUAUGUUGUUCGGACGCAACUUCACUUCUUGGGGGGAAUUGGGGCGAGAUAGAAAUUGAUGGCCAGGUCUUCAAUAAAAGAAUCAUCCUUCCUGGCGUAGAACUGGAUGAAGGGAUAAAUGUGUCUGAAAAGGAAAGAGAAGUCCUCGAAUACAUGGCUACUGUCCCUGAGCUUCAUAGACAACAAUCAUAUUUGAAACCAACUGAAGAUUCCUAUCCAGUUCGACACAAGCCAUCUAGAAUUGUGGAAGAGAGUCAAAUCAGUUCCAUGAGGGAUGAUUUCUUGCUCAUCAAAGAAGACUUGGCCAAUCUCCAAGAGGGCAAAUCAGUGAAUGGGAUCCCUGAAAAACUAGAAGAAACCUGUUCUUGGGAGCUGGAAAUUGGCAAGUUUCAAACCCAGCUUGAUACCCUAAAGAAAAUACUUUCAUUUAUAUCUUUAGCCAUACAAAGAAAGCUGUUUAGAAGAAGAGAUGAACUUGAAGAGAUUGAGAGCCAUAUUCCAAAGGUAUUGGCUAAGGAGCUGGCUGAAUUGUUGGAGAAGAUUGCAUCCUUUGACUCCAGAAAGGAGAGCAAGAAGAGCAACAUCGAAACUGUCAUAGCUCUCAGACUCCAAAGCAUAGUCUUUCAAGCACUCAACUUCUUGUACAUCUACCACUUUGUUGAUGAGGGAGUUGUCCAAGCACUUUUUGAAUCUAAUAAGAAUUUUCUGUUGGCUAUCACCAAUAUGGUUCUGAUGUUUAAAAUUAAUGUGGGGUUUGAUAAGUAUAUUCCAACCUCUGUUCAGGAAAUCUUAAGAAGUUCUCAUUCAUCACAUUUCAGAAGUUUGUUUGGAGAACAGGAUCUUCAGAACAGACAUUCCUCAAAAUUGGGUAUGCCAGUGUUCAAAUUAACAAAUGAAGGACCAAUUGAAGGGCAAAUCAGGAAGGAACUUCAAGACUUGAAGAACCAUUUUCUUAAACCGGGUCCUGCAAUCAAGGAUGACAUCAACCUCAAGAUUCAAUGCUUGAUACUCACGUGGAUCGAAGACAAUUACAGGGAGUUUUUCUUGGAUCUCCAGAGAAACAACAGCUCCUUGAAGCCAAAGUUGUCCUUACUCAAUGUAUACACUCAUCUCAUAUAUGAAUUCAAAUAUGUUGUAGAGUAUUUGAAGUUGUUUGUGUUGAGGAUGGAUGGCAGUCAGUUUCCCGGCUUCAAAUACCGCCAACUGAGCAAGCACAUUCCACGAGAUCUUCAUGGGGCCCUUCAAUUUAUUAAAAUGGUCUCAAAUUACAUUUUACUUGUCGCUUUCAAACACAAUCAAUAUAUUAAAGACUUUGUACACAAUCCAUUGAUGGAAAAGUAUCUCCAAAUCGAAAACUUGAAUAAAUAUAUCUUCUUUCCACAAUUUUGUAUCGCUGUUGCAAAAGAUAAAUUGGAUAGUUUGCUGUCAAAAUGAUCUCUUAAUCCAGUUCUCUUCUUCUUUAUUUAUUUACUGGUGAAGUGGAAUGUUACAUGAGUGCAUCUCCAGAUUCUUGUUU